AUGAAGUCGUUAAUAUCCUUCGUCGUCCUCUUCUUUGUCGCCCUCGCCCAUGCGAUCAGCUCUAGCGGGAAUAGGUUGCUGGUCCUCCUCGAGGAUGUUGCUGAGAAGGAAGGCUACUCUAAAUUCCUAGGUGAUUUAGAGGGUCGAGGAUUUCAGAUUAACUACGAAACUCCCAAGAGCGAAGGUCUAAGCUUAUUCCACCUAGGCGAGAAGUCUUACGACCAUGUUCUAUUCCUCCCGACUAAGUCAAAAGGACUCGGCCCAAACUUAACACCUAAGAUCCUCCUUGAUUUUAUCAAUGCAAAUGGCAACAUCCUCCUAGCUCUCUCAGCUUCUCAACCAGCCCCGACAUCUAUUGUCUCUCUACUUCUCGAAUUAGAUAUUCACCUACCUUCCGAUCGACAGGGUCUUGUUGUUGACCAUUUCAACUACGAUGUGUUGUCUGCCCCAGAGAAGCACGACGUGCUCUUGCUUCCGCCCCCGGGACCUCUUCGUCCGGAUAUUAAGGAUUUCUUCAGCCCGGUCUCUGCGGACGGAGGGGUCAUCGCCUUCCCAAGCGGAACAGGCCAGACCCUCGGCUCAGGUGCCCUCCUUACGCCGAUCCUGCGCGCUCCCUCCACAUCUUACAGCUACAAUCCGAAAGAGCAAGCCGAAGUCAUUGACGAGCUCUUCGCAAGCGGCUCCCAGCUCUCCCUUGUGAGCACCUUCCAAGCUCGCAACUCGGCUCGGUUCGCAGUUAUUGGUUCCGCAGAGAUGUUGAGCGACAAGUGGUUCGAUGCUAAGGUAAAGAAGGUGGACGAGAAGAAGGAGGUUGGCACUGUCAAUCGCGAAUUCGCCAAGCGAGUAGCGGGCUGGACCUUCAAGGAGAUUGGCGUCCUAAGAGUAAACUGGAUUGAGCACCACCUAAACGAGGUUGGCCAGAGCAACGCCAGCAACCCUAAAAUCUACCGUAUUAAGAACGACGUGACCUACUCUAUCUCCCUCUCUGAGUACUCCUGGGACAAGUAUACACCCUUUACCGUCCCGGACAACGACGACCUGCAGCUAGAAUUUAGCAUGCUAUCCCCCUUCCACCGUCUCCAGCUAAACCCCACUAUCUCAUCCGAGGAUAGCACAACAUAUUCAGUAUCAUUCAAGCUGCCGGACCAACACGGUAUCUUCAACUUCAAGGUCAACUACAAGCGUCCUUUCUACAGCAACGUCGAGGAGAAGAACACUGUUUCGGUCCGGCACUUCGCCCACGAUGAAUGGCCCCGCAGCUACGUCAUCAGCGGCGCCUGGCCCUGGAUCGCAGGUAUUAGUGUCACUGUUACUGGAUGGUUGGGCUUCUGCGCUCUCUGGUUAUAUAGCAAGCCUGCGACCACUUCGGAAAAGAAGAGGCAGUGA